AUGAAUCUCAUAGACGGUAGGGAGGGCGACCAAAAAAAGGAAGCUACAUUGACUCUCUCUGUGCUGACCUUGGCCCGGGAAAAUUCUGCCUCAGAAGAUCUCCCGCCGGACCCGCCCUGUGAUUCUGGAAUAGCAGCUUGGUCUCUUCUUGCUUCUCUUUCCUUGAUCAACACGAUAACGUGGGGCUUUGGAAGCGCCUUUGGCGUUUUUAGGGAAUACUACUUCAAACACAAGCCCAUGGCAGGGAAUCAGACCGUUGCCUCGAUAGGUGUCAUGAAUCUGGGCACUGUCCAAAUUAUAUCUCCUCUCCUGCUUUGGUUUCUGGGUGGCCGUCCACACCAGAGGAAACCGAUGAUGUGGGUUGGAAUGGCGUUGGUUUCGGCAGCCUCGGUUGGUGCCGCCUUUUCAAAGACGCCCUUGCAACUCAUCAUGAUGCAAGGCCUUCUCUAUGGCAUAGGGGGCGGCUUGCUGUUUGCGCCCUCUAUAAGCUUUCUAGACGAAUGGUUCCUUGAGCGCCGAGGACUAGCGAACGGCCUUUUCUUUGGUUCUAACAACAUUGCAGCUGCUGGCUUCUCGCCUAUCUUCUCCCUAUUGCUGGAACGAUUCGGCCCCCGUACGGUACUUACUGCGUGGGCGAUUCUUGCCGCAUCUGUUGUAUCUCUUUGUAUCUUACUUGUGAGGCCCCGGCUCACGAAAUACGACGAGACUAGAGCGAAGGUUUCCUGGGGGCCGUUCAAAAAACCACUGUUCGGGAUCUUUGCCCUUUCUAUGGCCCUCCAAGGCCUAGCCAGCCACAUGCCAGCAGCAUAUUUACCAAGCUAUGCCACUGAUGUUGGAAUGUCUACUACUCAAGCCGCCCUUCUCAUCAGCUACCUCAGCCUGUCCGGCAUGGUUGGCCAGUCUCUUCUCGGGGCUCUUACAGACGCUAUAGGUGCUUUGGUGCCCCUUCUCCUGAGCACACUUAUGAGCACAUUUGCACUCGUUAUACUGUGGGGUCUGGGCCAGGCUUACUGGACCAUGGUGCUUCUUUCUAUUAUCUUCGGGGCCUUUGCAUUCAGUUUCGUUGUGUUAAGGAGCCACAUGGCGGCAGCUGUUGUUGGAGAUCUAGACCACCCAAACGACGAGCUCGUGGUAUCGGGCGCCUUGCUUUCUAUACGUGGUGUAGCGGCUGUAACAUCCGGUUACAUUGGGGCUGCAGUUACUGCCAGUGGCGAACACUUGGGAAUACAACCCGGCUUUGGUGCUGGUAAAUGGCGCCCGUUAGUUAUUACUUUGAGUGUUCUAAUGUUUGGGGCGACUGUGGGCGCAUUAGGAUUUUUGAAAAAAGAGAGGAGGAUGAUUAGAGUGGCUAAAAAGGAUGGAGAAUCCUCACAGAGGUAA